UUUAUUUUGUAAUCAAUCGAGAUGUCGCUUAUCUACUUUGCCAGCGGCGAUAGCCAUGCUAACAUUGAGUACCAAACGAUUUCCUCGACAGCCACAGAGACAAACCAAGAGCAGUCGGAGCGAUUGCACGAUCGCAUCUCCAAAGCACAAUUCCAGAAGCUGUAUGAGCGUUUUAAGAGUGCGCCAGAUCAAGUUGUCGGCUGUGCGGACUUCCGUCGCAUGCUGGAGGAAGUGGAUAUCGUGUUUAGCGACUUCACCUAUACCCGUCUCUUUUUGAAAAUAAAUCAAAAUCAUGAUUUUAUGGUGGACUGGAAUGAGUUUGUCUCCUAUCUGAUAUUUGGCUUUCAGGAGGAGGAUCCCAGCAGCCAAAAGGAGUCUCUGAUUAUGCCCAUCUCAGCGGCGCCAGUUGUACGCAAGACCGAACAUCGUUCUGCUGUCUGUUGCAUCACCUUGCUCAAGGUCAAAUCCGAUCAGACUCCAUUGGAGGAUAUGACAGAGUCGGCCAAUUACUCAUUUGGCGGUGAAGAUUCACCCGAAAACUCGGGCAUGUGGGUCACAGCUAGCCACGAGGGUCAGCUGCGUUUCUGGAGCGCUCAUAUGGAGCCACUACGGAGCGCCGUCUCCGAGAGCAUUCAUUUGAAGGUACCCACCUGGAUACUCGCUCUGCAGGCACUCUCAGAUGUGAGCAUCGUUUGCACCGCCUCCACAGAGCGAGAGUUGCGCUUCCAUGAGACGAUUGCCUCGACAUUUACCCUGCGCAUGGUCAUUCGGAGUUUGCCCUAUGCCGUCUACUGCAUGAGCUAUGCCUUCUACAACAAUGGAAAGACCCACUCGAAGCUGGUGCUUGGCGAUUAUGCUGGAAACGUGCGCAUCCUCUCAUAUUCGCCAUAUCUGAGGGGUCCCUUCCAGGCGAAGCCAGGCGCGGCAUUGGUUGAGCUCACCUGGGCGGAUGUGCUGCGUGGUCGUAUUCCUCUGCUAAUACCAAAGGAAUACAUAAAUCUCCACAAUGAGCUUAUCUCUUGCGUAUACUAUUCUCUGCACAUGAAUGCACUAUUCGCCUCGGCCGAGUAUCGGAACACCAAGAAGUAUCGUGGCCGCUGUCCCGGUCUCAUCAUGGUCAGCAAUGAUGAUCGCAACAAUUUCCGUAUACCGUUGGGCGUAAGCGUUUUUUACGUGUCUGAGGUGAAGAACAUAUUGGUCACUGGUGGACCCGAUACCUUUGUGCGCAUCUGGGAUGUCUAUAUCUCGUCGGAGCCAUCUGCAAUCCUUACCGGUCACAAUGGCGGCAUUGUGGCCGUCUUUGUGCAGCCGGAGGAGAACAAGGUGUAUAGCGUUGACUAUCACAAAAUCAUCAAGGUGUGGGAUCUGCAGGAGCACACUCUGCUCCAGACCUAUGGCGAGCUGGUGCGCAUCAUUCAUCACAGCGAAAUGGACAUUAAAUACUAUUACCAUUCGCAUCUGCGCGAGCUCAUGGUCGCCGGUCGUAAGCUCAUCCAGAUCAAGUGCUGUCCACGAGUUCGUGUCGACCUCACCGAUGGCAACACCCACGCAGCGCCCGUAUCGGUUGUACUCUACAAUCGGCUCUUUCGCAACAUUGUCACUUGUGGACUCGAUAGCUAUAUUAUUGUUUGGGAUCCAUGGACGGGUCGCCGUAAGAUCAUCAUGAAGAACUGCCACACGAAAAUGAUCUAUGGAGAGACCAUUGAUAUCGAGAUAACGGCCGCUUGCUUCGAUCCCCUCGAACAGUUCCUCCUGACUGGGGCACGGGAUGGCUCACUGAAGAUUUGGAACUACAACAAUUCGGUUGUGGUACGCAAUAUGAGCAUUCAGAUGGAUCAGGAGGUAACCGCUGUUAUCUGGGUGGUGGAUCGAAUCCUGGCCAUGGGCUGGGAUCGACAGGUGACAGAGUUCAAUGAUGUCGAGGGUCGUGAAUAUGGCGAUCCAAAGAAAUGGGCCAAAUUUCAUACGGAUGAUAUUACCUGUGCCGAUGUCAAGCUGGGCGAGGGCGUCGUCACGGCCACUUACUCGGGCGAGAUCAUUUUCUGGAAACUGGAGACGGGACAACCGUAUCGCCGCUACAAUGUAAUGGAUCCCAGCCAGUUCAUUGAGCUCAAGCUGACCGCCGAGGAGGAGAAGUUGUCGCGUCGAAGCAAGCGAAUUUCCUCGCUGCUGGGCGCGAACAGGCGAAGUGCGUCCAUGCUCGCUAUCAAACCGGAUGAGAUCAAGGAUUAUGGUGCCAAUAUUCCCGUCUCGGUGCAGGCUGUGCUCUUUCUACAGAAACGUCCCAUGACCAAGGAUCAUGGCAGUGUGUUUAUCUCUUUGGACACGGGCAUAAUUCAGGUGUAUUCCCACCAUCAGCAUGGCGGACAUAUCAAGGAAUUUAUAGCCGUUCACAAAGUGGGCGACUGUGUGCUGACCAUGGCCACGGAUCGUAAAAAUCGUUUCCUCUAUACGGGCACAGCCUUUGGCUACAUCAAGAUUUGGCACAUCGUCAACUAUUGCAUACCUGAGGCAGAGAAGACACAUGUGUGUAUGCCCAAGCUACGACUGGACUUCAUAUUCCUGCGAAAGGAACUGUUUUUGACGAGAGCCAAGCGCAUGGUACGCAAUCAGCCGGAGCCCAUGCUGGUUAGCUCCUACAAGGGACAUCUAAAGGCAAUUAAUUCGAUAGGCUUCAUCAAUUUACCAAAGAUUUUAUUCAGUGGCAGCCACGACUAUUCUUGUCGUCUUUGGACACAGAGUGGACGCUACUUGGGUACUCUGGGCACUGUUUUACCCUGGUCGAAGCUGUCACCGUUUGAGCGCGCUGGUGAAGAAAAUCGACCCUAUCGCCUGCCGCCGGAUAUCAAAAAGGUGGCCAGCUCUACAACAUUAAAAGUGAUCUCGGGAGUACAACAUUCGUUCCAAGUGAAGCGACCGAAGCCUACCGAGGAGCGAGAAGAUGAAGGUGAAGUGGAAGACACAGGCACCGAAAUGAAGAACAUCUUCGACCGUCCGCUCCGGGAGCCUAUUCUCGGCAAGCACUUCGAGUUGCCCGGCCGCAGCGCAAUCGAGCAGCGCAUUGAGCUCGAUACGACACAACUGUAUGUCCCCAUCUACUCACAUCUGAGGGUACACCCGUCAGAUGUGAUGGAGAAUCUUCCAACGCCGCCAAUUAUUGGCCAAGUGAAAAGUGAAAACUACUUGGAUCAUUACAUGCCAGUCGUGGGCAAAGUGGAUCCCAAUACUUCGGCCAUCAACAUCAGGGAACCGAACAAGGUAAUCCGCUCCAAAGCGGGCGGUCAAGUAGGUCAGGCUCGGGCGAGCUCAACUUGGGGCAAACCAAAGACUAACUCAGUACUGGGCAUGCCCAGAGCUGAAUCCAGCCAAGGCAAAGCCAGGGCUAGCUCUGCCAAGGCUGGCGUCAGUUCUGGUUAUGGCAGAACGAGCUUUGGUCCGAAUCCGAGUCGUGUCAGGUCUAACAGUCCCAAGGUUAGCUUCAUGCCAAGCCAACUAAAGACCAGCCGGAAACCAGAAUCCAGUCCACGCAAAGCUAAGACCAACCCCGCUAAGGCCAAGUCGGUAUCCUUUCCUGCUAAGGCUAACCCGGUACCCACGUCAGCUAAAGCCAGCCCGACAUGCACUUCAGCUAAAACAAACCCGGUACCCACUUCAGCUAAAGGCAACCGGGUAUCUACUUUAGCUAAAUCCAACCCUGUAUCGACCUCAGCUAAAGCCAAGCCGGACAUCAUGCCGGUCAAGAUAAAGCCUGUCGUUAAAAAACCCAGCCGCAAUACAGCUCCAGUCCAGAUCACAACGAGCAUAGCCAAAACAAAGAAAGAUAAGCCUUAAUCUUCGUUGGUAAAACUUAA